AUGUCCGAAGUACUCGGCACAUUCAGGCCGACCAAGCUCUUCCACCGCGAAGAUGUCAAAGACGGACAGCCCCGACCCCGCGUACUCUCACUCGACUUUGACGAUCCGGGCGAGCUUCUCAUGACCGCGGAGAGCGACGAGACGAUACAAAUCUAUAACCUCGCCAAGUUUACGCACACGAGCUCGAGCAUCAUCUACGCCAGCACCAAGCAAAACGAUGCUAUCCGAUACCUCGCCACCCACGACAACUCCUUCAUCCGAUAUUUCGAAGGCCACGAAGGCCGCGUCACCUGCCUCUCGAUGCACCCGGGCCAUGAUAACUUCAUCUCGUGCAGCCAAGACAAUACGGUUCGGCUGUGGAACAUUUCCACCAAGCAGUGGGUCGGCCAGCUCUUCCUCAACACGCCCUAUCUCGCCGCCUACGACCCUUCGGGCAACAUCUUUGCCGUAGCGUCCCCCACCAGCGGUAGCGUUCUGCUAUACGACUGCAAGAACUUUGACAAGGCUCCCUUCUCCGUGUUCGACGUCCCACUUUUGCUCGACGCCUUUGAUGGCAGCCUCAAGGCUUACCUGCGCAAGCCGGAGGGCGGCACGUCUCGCCUAGCGCCCGGCGACCUCGCGGCGACUAACGGGUCCUCGGGUGGCUCUGGUGGCGCAACGGUGGAGAGCAGCGGGGACUGCUGCUUCAGUCCGGAUGGGCGAUACGUGGUGAGCGGGUCGAAGAAGGGUGUCCUCGGCUGGGACACGAAGCAAGCGGGCGAGAACAAGGUCCUGGAGCCCACAUUUAUGCUGGAAGACAAGCGAGAAGCGUCGGUUAUCGCGUUCAACCCGAGGUAUAACCACUUUGCGACCGCAGACGAAGAUGUCAUCUUUUGGGUCCCUGACCCAAACGCUUGA